CUCUGGGAAAUCACAGUCGAGUAGGCGAGACAGUCAGGUGCACAGAUGUUGACAAGAUGAAUUAGCAGGUGUUUCAGAAGCGGAUGGGACAAGGUGCCUGGGGAAUACAGGCAGAGUCACUACGAUGCCCACAGGAGUAGAGGGCUGAAUGGAGACAAUGACUAUUUUUGAUAAUGUCACCCGGGCUCUGGCCAGACAGCUGAACCCUCGAGGCGAUCUGACACCCCUAGACAGCCUCAUCGACUUCAAGCGUUUCCACCCCUUCUGCCUGGUGCUGAGGAAGAGGAAGAGCACGCUGUUCUGGGGGGCCCGCUACGUCCGCACUGACUACACAUUCCUGGAUGUGCUGGAGCCGGGGAGCAACCCCUCAGACCCAACAGACUGUGGGAACUUUAGCUUUAAGAAUAUGCUGGAUGCCCGGGUAGAGGGAGACGUGGAUGUGCCAAGGACAGUGAAGGUGAAGGGGACCGCGGGCCUGUCACGAAGCAGCACACUGGAGGUCCAGACACUCAGCGUGUCUCCCAAGGCUCUGGAGAACUUGCACAAGGAGAGGAAACUGGCAGCUGACCACCCGUUCCUGAAGGAGAUGCGGGAGCGCGGGGAGAACCUUUAUGUGGUGAUGGAGGUGGUGGAGACCGUGCAGGAAGUCACUCUGGAGAGAGCUGGCAAGGCAGAGGGCUGCUUCUCCCUCCCGUUCUUUGCCCCACUGGGACUACAGGGAUCCGUGAACCACAAGGAGGCCGUGACCAUUCCCAAGGGCUGUGUCCUGGCCUUUCGAGUGAGACAGCUGAUGGUCAAUGGACGAGACGAGUGGGACAUUCCACACCUCUGCAAUGACAGCAUGCAGACCUUCCCUCCCGGAGAAAGGCCAGCAGAGGGGAAGUUCAUAUUCAUCCAGGCCUCUGAUGUGGGGGAGCUGCACGAGGACUUCAAGACAUUGAAAGAAGAGGUUCAGAGAGAGACUCGAGAAGUGGAGAAGUUGAGCCCAGAGGGGCAAAGCUCCCUGCUCACCUCCCUCAGCAACCUCCUAGGAAAGAAAAAAGAGCUCCAAGACCUGGAGCAGACGCUGGAGGGCGCUCUCGACAACGGGCACGAAGUGACCCUGGAAGCACUCCCCAGAGAUGUCCUGCUGUCCAAGGAGGCCAUGGACGCCAUCCUCUAUUUCCUUGGGGCCCUAACAGUGUUAAGUGAAGCCCAACAGAAGCUUCUAGUAAAAUCUGUGGAGAAAAAGAUCCUACCGGUGCAACUGAAGCUGGUUGAAAGCACCAUGGAGCAGAACUUCCUGCAAGACAAAGAGGGUGUUUUCCCCCUUCGGCCUGAUCUGCUCUCCUCCCUCGGGGAGGAGGAACUGACCCUUACAGAAGCCUUGGUGGGGCUAAGUGGCCUGGAAGUCCAGAGAUCAGGCCCCCAGUACACGUGGGAUCCAGACACCCUCCCCCGCCUCUGUGCCCUCUAUGCGGGUCUCUCCCUCUUUCAGCUGCUGAGCAAGGCUUCCUAAUGCACCUUCCCUGCCUGCUUCCCUAACACCUUCCCAACCUCACUGCGCUCUAUCUCUAACUCUCCAGCACACUACAGAACCUCCAGGCUGAGGGUAACUGAAGUGCCAGUUCCAUCAUCACCGAGUUCCACCUGCCUCAUCAUCUGUCUUCUUCUGUCCUCCAUCUCAGCGCCCCGCUAAGCCCAUGUCCUGAUGCUUAAAUCCUGAAGAUACAGAAUCGCUCAAACCCUUCCAACUUUGAGCCAUUUCAUUAAGGGGAGGAAAAAAAGCUGGGUGGUUGUAGCAUACGCCUUUAAUCCCAGCAGAGGCAGGUGGAUCUCGGGAGGCCAGUCUGGUGUACAGGGUGAAUUCCAGGACAGCCAGGGCUACACAGAGAAACCUGGUCUCAAAAAAUAAAAAGAUAAAAAUAAAUAAAAGCCCCAAACCAAAAGACAACAACAACAAAACAUUUAUUGUCUAGUCUAAUCCUUCCUACUUGUGCCUCAAAAAAAAAAAAAAAAAACCAAACCAAACCAAAACAAAACAAAAAGCCUAGCCUUAUUGAAACGAAUGAAAAUAUUAUAUCAAUUCCAAGACAAGCUAUCUUUUGGUUUUUCUGUAAAGGGGAUCAUUCAUUUGUGCCAGGUAAAGAAACAGACAUUACCUAUAUGUACGAUACUGUUCACACUGUCCACGGGCCUGCUGAAAAAUGCUCCAAAAGCUCAGAGAGUUAGAACACAGAAUGCUCUACAGUGAGAAGAUCACCAAAGCAGCAUGGCUUCACCAAAGAGCCCACAUUCUCUAGCCCUGGUUGAGGGCUUGAGAGAGGGAAAGGUCUAGAGGGGUAUGACACAAGUCCCGAACAAGACAAAACAAAAUUUCAAGUUGGUUAAGCAGAAAAUGAAUGUGGUCGUAGUGAGACCUGUCCAAAAACAAUAAUAAUAAUAAUAAUAAUAAUAAUAAAAUUAAAAAAGAACAAGAGCAGAGAGGGGCGCCUAAGAAUAAGAUCCAAACCUUUAAAUCAGUGAUUCUCAACCUGUGGGAGUCACGACCCCUUUAGAAGAUCAAAUUACCCUUUCAUGGGGGUUGUAGAUCAGAUAUUCUUCAUAGUAGAUAUUUACAUUACAACUCAUAACGGUAGCAAAAUUACUCUUACGACGCAGCAGUGAAAAUAAUUCUAUGGUUUGGGGGUCACCACAGCAUGAAAAACUGGAUUAAAGGGUCACAACAUUAGGAAGGGUGAGAACCACUAUUUUAAAUGAGACUUGCUUUCUUUUCUGUUGCUGUGUUGUGUUGUGUUUUGCUUUGUUUUCAUCCCUCAAUUCAGGUUGGGUACGGGAGGAAACAGUGUGGACAGGCUUGGCCUGUAUAUCAUAAUCUCAUUAAACUUCUGGGUCCAUAUCACCCUCUGCCUAAAGCUGGCUUUCAA